GAACUCUGGGGUGGCUGAGUGUUGACAGACGUGAGAGGAUGUUGUUAACCGUGUUGAACUCCAGCCUGAGGAGCUCACUGGCCAGACUAAAGGGGUGUUCACUGCACAGACGAGACUUUAACCUUCUUUUUGACAGCUCUCUGUCACUCCGUGACCGUCACACUGCUGCAAGUAUGGCUUCCCUUGCUGUACUGCCACCGGAGCGUCUGAAAAAGCCCUUGGCUGUUCCCAGUCGUCUUUUGUUCGGACCUGGACCAUCCAAUUGUCCACCUCGAAUCCUGGAGGCUGGAGCCAAGCCUGUCAUCGGACACAUGCAUCCAGAGAUUUUUGAGAUAAUGGACGACAUUAAAAGUGGAAUCCAGUACAUGUUUCAGACCAACAACGCCGUGACUUUAGCAGUGAGUGGAACAGGACAUACAGCCAUGGAGUGUGCCAUCUUUAACUCGGUGGAGCCUGGAGAUAGUGUGGUGACAGCGGUGAAUGGCAUAUGGGGAGAACGAGCGGCGGACAUGGCAGAGAGGAUAGGUGCCAAAGUAAACACCAUUGUGGCUGCUCCUGGACGCUUUCUCUCUAACGCAGAAAUCGAGCAGGUUUUGGCUAAACACAGACCGGCCCUGUUCUUCCUGGCACACGGGGAAUCUUCCACGGGUGUCCUGCAUCCUUUAGAUGGCAUCGGACAACUGUGUCAUAAAUACGACUGCCUGUUCCUGGUGGACUCUGUGGCGUCCAUCGGCGGAGCUCCGCUUUUCAUGGAUCAGCAAGAAAUAGACAUCCUCUACACUGGCUCUCAAAAGGUUCUGAACGCCCCCCCAGGUACAGCCCCCAUCUCAUUCAGUGAGAGAGCAUGCAAGAAAAUAUUCGACCGAAAGACCAAGCCUGUUUCCUUCUUUCUGGAUUUGAAGUGGCUCGCGAACUACUGGGGAUGUGACGACAAGCCCUCCAGAGUAUAUCACCACACUGGUCCAGUAACGGCUUUUUACUCUCUGAGGGAGAGUCUUGCUGUUCUUGCUGAAGAGGGUCUGGAAAAAUCCUGGGAAAGACAUCAGGACGUGGCUGAAUAUUUUCAUGCUGGCCUGGAAAACAUGGGUCUUAAACUUUUUGUUAAAGAAAAGAAAGCAAGGCUGCCCACUGUGACGACAGUGGUUGCUCCUCAAGGAUAUGACUGGAAGGAGAUCACAAGCUUUAUUAUGAAAACACAUAAUAUUGAAAUUUCUGGAGGUCUUGGACCAUCGGUUGGCUUGGUGUUGCGUGUGGGACUGAUGGGUUGUAACAGCAGCAAGAGCAAAGUUGACAUGGUGCUGGCGGCACUAAAAGAUGCUUUAAGAAACUGCCACGAGAACAAACUGUGACAAAUUGUUGGAUAUUGGUGUAAAGAUUAGCCUGAAUUUGUGAUUCAAACAACAUGAAAUAAAAAGUUAAGUAGUAAA